UGUGUGUGUGUGUCCCUAGGUUUUUCAUAACCCAAAGCAAAAAUGGCCACAUCCUUGAGUUCAAAGCUGAAUAAAGCUGUGAGGCAGAUGUACAUGGACCUGCCACAGGGAGAGAAAGUGCAGGCCAUGUACAUCUGGAUUGAUGGGACCGGCGAGGGACUACGCUGCAAAACAAGGACUCUGGACUCGGAGCCCAAGAGCGUUGAAGAACUCCCAGAGUGGAAUUUUGAUGGCUCAAGUACAUACCAGGCUGAAGGCUCAAACAGUGACAUGUACCUCAUACCAAAAACCAUGUUUAGAGACCCGUUCAGGAAGGACCCCAACAAACUGGUUCUUUGUGAGGUUUUAAAAUACAACAGGAAGCCUGCAGAAACUAACCUUCGACAUACAUGUGAAAAGAUCAUGAGAAUGGUGGAGAACCAGCAUCCAUGGUUUGGAAUGGAGCAGGAGUACUCUCUGCUGGCCAUAGAUGGUCAUCCUUUUGGCUGGCCCUCAAAUGGCUUUCCAGGACCACAAGGUCCUUAUUACUGUGGUGUGGGAGCAGAUAAGGCCUAUGGCAGAGACAUUGUUGAGGCUCAUUACAGAGCCUGUCUGUAUGCUGGGGUUAUGAUUUGUGGCACCAAUGCAGAAGUCAUGCCUGCACAGUGGGAAUUCCAAGUGGGGCCUUGUGAAGGUAUUAGCAUGGGAGACCAUCUGUGGAUCGCUCGUUUUAUCCUGCACCGGGUGUGUGAGGACUUUGGUGUUGUGGUCUCUUUUGACCCCAAACCUAUUCCAGGCAACUGGAAUGGUGCUGGCUGCCAUACCAACUUCAGCACCAAGAGUAUGCGAGAGGAGGGAGGUCUCAGGCAUAUCGAAGAGGCUAUUGAGCGGCUGGGCAAGAGGCAUCAAUACCAUAUUCGGGCCUAUGACCCUAAAGGAGCUGACAAUGCCAGACGACUUACUGGCCGGCAUGAGACCUCCAACAUCAAUGAGUUCUCAGCUGGGGUGGCAAACCGUGGUGCUAGUAUCCGAAUCCCAAGAGCUGUGGGCCAGGAGAAGCAAGGCUAUUUCGAAGAUCGCCGUCCUUCAGCAAACUGCGACCCAUAUGCUGUAACAGAAGCAGUCAUUCGUACAUGCCUACUAAAUGAAGAAGGGGACGAGCCCAAAGAGUACAAAUGAACUGAAAAUCCAUGUGCUUUCUUUUAAAAUAAGUGAUUUGACGGGGGAGGAUUGGUAUAAUAAUUUUUCUUUUCUUUUAAACCAAAAAAAAAAACACUGGUUUUACUGGAAUCUUGUGCAUUGUUGACUGGUCAAUAUGAUACAAGGGUCAUUGCUAGUCUUUUACUUAUUCCUCUCUCACUUUUACUGUAUUAUUCAGUCUCAAAAUAUCACUGGCAAAUCGUUGCAAUGGGCUUCUUUUCCAGAUGCUGGUUGUCUAGUGAGCAUAUGUAAGGAUGUUUAGAAGGAUGUCUCUCUUUUGUAACCCUUUAUUGUGAGCAUUAACAUGGGCUUUUUAAUGACUGCAAAAGAUUUUUAUUUUUUAUAACCAUGUUUUGUUCUCAUGUAAUUUGGAGUAUAGGUGACUUAUGGUUCCAAAUACAUAUGUACAUCUGUUUAUGGUUGUUAUAUACUUUUUAUAUAAUAUUCCCUUUCUAUAACUUGUCCAUUAAAAAAAACUUGGUAUUUC